CUAGGAAUAUGUUUAAAUUGAAUUAAUCUUCUGUUAAGAUACACAACAAAUUGAUACAUCCUUUAUAUAACCAUAUUAUAUUCGCGGGAGUAAUUACAAUUGCACAUUUUAUACGUCAAUGCAACUUUAUGAGCUGAAACAUACAUCCAUUUUGACGUUGAGAACACUUAGCCGCACCACAUACUCAAAGAACUACGAGUAAGACUAAGUCGUAGUAAGCCAAAUAGAACCGAAGAAGGAUGAGGCUUGACAGCUUAACAGGACUCUUGGCAGUAUUUAUAGCUGUCUUUGUAGAUGACACAUAUGCUGCCUUGUCAUGUUGCCAAGCAAAAAGGCAAGACUUGAAGAAUAUGACAUUAAUGAUGAAGCUAUCAAACUUGAAAACCGAUGUCAAUCUUGACAAUGGUCGUAUAAAACGCGAUUUAACAACAAUUAUAAAGAUACUUAAUAUAGACGCGUGUAAUGCAAGUCCAUGUCAGAACGAGGGCAUUUGUAGUGACAAAGUAAAUGGCUAUACGUGUAAUUGCAAGGUUGGAUAUUCAGGAAUCAAUUGUCAGACAGUCGCUGUUGGAGAACUAAAAGACGAACCAAUUGUUACAAGAAGGUGGCUGCACUCAACCUACAUUCGUGACCUUGCAGUAACAUCAAGAGGGCAUAUUGUGGUAACGAGUGGUAAAGGCUCAACAGCACAAAUAUAUGACAGUGAUUUUAAACCCAUCAAGGAUAUCGGUAAAAGAUUCUAUCAUGUUGCACUUACUAAUGAUGAACAACUCGUGUUUACUGACUGGACAAACACUAUCUACUUUUAUACAGUAAGUGGUAGACACAUACGCAGCAUAACCGUUAAAGGAUCUUCAACCGUACUACUUGGCAUUACUUCACUAUCUACCGGACAAUUGGUUGUAUGCUAUGGAAAAGAAAAGAGAGUAUUCAUUGUGGAUCCCUCUAGUGGGGAUUCCACACCAUUCUCUGCACCUGGUACGGUUAUUGACCCUUACUAUGUGACAACUAAUUCCAAAGGAGUCAUUAUAGUUAGUGAUUUCGAUGGUCAUGCGAUAAAAGGGCUGGAUCAAGCUGGCAAUGUUGUAUUUAGUUACGGUUCAAGUGAAGAGCAGUUAAGUCUUCCAAAUGGUGUCUACACGGAUUCAAAGGAUUUUAUACUGGUCGCAGACAGAAAUAACGAUAGAAUACAACUGCUCACACCUGAGGGUAACUUCCACAGUCAUAUUCUCACGGAGAUGGACGGUGUGGACCUCCCAAUGGCUUUACGUAUCAACAAUGCAGGCCAAUUACUGGUUGGUGAUCGCAGUGGGCAAUUAUUCAUUAUCACAUACAGGAAUAAGAUAUCUCCUGAAGUGGUCUAGUUUCGGCAUUUGGUUAUCUAGCUUGCAAGUUGCAAUAGUACACGUAGUGUUAAGAAGCAGUAAAGCCAAAUUUUCUUCCGUGUUCUGUAAAGAGUAUCAUAUCCUAAUAUAAAUAUUCUUGCCAU